AUGCGUGUUCGAAUAUACUUUGUAUGUCUAUUGGUGGCAGGAACUUACGCUCAACAGAAGUCUUAUUCUCGAUCGCUUUCCUUGUCGACAGACACGUCCACUCCCACUUCGUCACCCACCAUCGUCAACGGAAACGACACAGCCGCUCCAACAGCGCUUCCUGACUCCAAUGAGACACAAUCUCCUACUUUAGCGCCAGGAGGGAACACCACCGCCGCACCAACACCUACUGGUUCACACAGAAAUGCAACGGCCCAUCCCACAUCAGCGCCUAGCAUACUGCCACCAAACGUGACGGUGGCACCGACAGCAGUCAAUCACAAUACUUCGGCACCGACCAUCGCACCGACCAAUUCAACCGAUACUCCUGCUCCAACGUCCACCCCUGUCGGAACGAGUCCACCCACAGCGGCACCAAUCAACGCGGCACCAGUGAUAAGUUCAUCCCCUACAGCGGAACCGACUGCGGACCCAGAAGAUGCCUCGCAUCACGUGUCCUUUUUCCGGAUUUUAACCAAGACAAUUGCAUGGUUGAUACUGUUGGGACUUGGAUUGCUGGCUUUUGGCGCAAUUAUGAAUCAUCGCUACCGCAUCUACUUCUUUUUCCGCGGUGUGUGGCUCACACUGCGGCAAUUGCGUUGCUCGCAGUGGAUCUUGCAAAAGCUGCGUAUCGGAGAUUAUGGAUCAGUCGAUGCCGGACUCAAUACAAUCAUCUUCGACAAUGACAUGACUGAGGGCUUACUUUUGCAAGAAAACAAUGGAUAG